AUGGCGGCUGUUCCGCCGCUCUCUAAGGCCGAGUAUCUAAAGCGUUACUUGUCAGGGGCAGAUGCCGGUGUUGAUGGGGGCUCCGAGUCCUGUCGCAAGCGUCGCAAAAAGCGGCCUAAGCCUGGCGGUUCCAGUGGCAAGGGAAUGCGGAUUGUAGAUGAUGAUGUGAGCUGGACAACUAUCUCCACCACUAAACUGGAGAAGGAGGAAGAGGAAGAUGAUGGAGAUUUGCCUGUGGUGGCUGAGUUUGUGGAUGAGCGUCCAGAAGAGGUAAAGCAGAUGGAGGCCUUUCGUUCCAGUGCCAAAUGGAAGCUUCUGGGAGGCCAUGUUGAAGACCUUGCCUCACGUAGGCAUUUCCGUCACGACUCCCUGGAUUCGUCUCCCACUAGGAGGGUCCACCAUGACUCUGCAGAUGCUUGCCCACCCAGGAUGGCCCGCCAUGACUCACCAGAUGCAUCUCCCCCCAGGAGGGUCCGCCAUGACUCACCAGAUGCAUCUCCCCUCAGGAGGGUCCGCCAUGACUCACCAGAUGCAUCUCCCCCCAGGAGGGUCUGCCAUGACUCCCCGGAUUCAUCUCCCCCCAGGAGGGUCCGCCAUGACUCCUCAGAUGCUUCCCCUCCCAGGAGGGCCCGUCACGACUCCCCAGAUCUUUCCCCACCCAGGAAGUAUCACCAUACUUCUUCAGGGGAUGGCCAGCAAGCCUCUGAUUCAGAUCUUUCUCCUCCACGGCAUCAACGCAAACAAAGUCCAGGGCCCCAGGAUUCUGGUUCAGAUCUGUCCCCGCCACGGAACAGACCCAGACACCAAAGCUCUGAUUCUGACCUCUCUCCACCAAGAAGGAGACAAAGGACUAAAUCUUCUGAUUCUGAUCUGUCGCCACCUCGGAGGAGUCAGCCUCCUGAAAAGAAGGCUACCCACAUGUUCUCUGGAGCCAAAACUGGGUUGGUGUUAACAGACAUACAGCGAGAACAGCAGGAGCUCAAGAAACGGGACCAGCAAACCAUGGAGUUUGAAGCUGAAUUCCAAUAUGCCGAAACUGUAUUUCGAGAUAAGUCUGGCCGUAAGAGGAACUUGAAACUAGAACGUUUGGAGCAAAAAAGAAAAGCCGAGAAAGAAACGGAGAGAAAUGAGCUGUAUGCCCAGUGGGGAAAAGGGCUUGCUCAGAGCCGCCAGCAGCAACAAAAUUUGGAAGAUGCAUUGAAGGAGAUGCAAAAGCCACUGGCCCGCUAUAUUGAUGAUGAAGACCUGGAUAAGAUGCUGAGAGAACAAGAAAGAGAUGGGGACCCUAUGGCCAACUUUAUCAAAAAGAAUAAGGCCAAGGAGAACAAGAAGAAGAAAGUGAGACCUCGAUACAGUGGCCCAGCACCUCCUCCCAACAGAUUCAAUAUCUGGCCUGGAUAUCGCUGGGAUGGCGUAGACAGAUCCAAUGGAUUUGAGCAAAAGCGUUUUGCCAGACUUGCCAGCAAGAAGGCGGUGGAGGAACUUGCCUACAAGUGGAGUGUUGAGGAUAUGUAA